AUGAGUGAACGUAAGGUGGUAUUCGUUGACGGAACAGAUAUCUACAGUGUCAACAUUGAACAAAAUCCUGUCAAGUCAAGACUAAUUUCAGCUACACAUACCGUCACAGGUAUUGCAAUUGACUGGCGAGAUGAAAACGUUUACUGGUGUAUGGGUGAAACAGCAGGUGAAAUCAACGUGUUUUCUCGGGAGACAGAGACCGAAUACACUCUGAUCAGCACAAAUUUGACAUAUCCAAAAAGUCUUACUAUCCUUCCUUUUCAGAAUAUCAUGUUGUGGAUUUCUGGAACAGCUGGUUCAAAUAAAUUAGAAAAAUCUAAACUGGAUGGCUCAGAUAGAGAGGUCCUUGUUUCCAGUACAUCAUCCGGAGGUAUGAAAGGGCUCACUGUGGAUUAUUCAACAAAUACUUUGUACUUUAUUGAUGACUGGCUUGUGAAACGUUGUGACAUAGAAGGAAAACAAAUGACUACAUUUACCCCUGAGUCGGCACUUCUAUCACCAAUGAAGGUAUUGCCGUAUAAGUAUAAAGUGACUUUGUACUUUGUAUUGUUGAGAGCAAUGAACUAG